AUGGAAAUAAUUGCAGAGAAACCCAAAGUGAAAUUUAAUUUCGUGCCUGAGGACUACAAAAACUGUGACAAUUCUGAUUACUCCGAGUGUGCGGAAGACUAUGGCAGACCAAAUGAAAAGGAUUAUUUCUAUGCUAAUAGAAUUUUGUCUUUGGACAGAAACAGUGAACAGAGAAGAAAGGAAUCCCCCAGUAAGCGACCAGGCUUAUGUGUAGAUGAAAUUUGCACGUGCGGAUUCCACAAAUGCCCCAAAAUAGUAAAACCAUUACCAUUCGAAGGGGAGAGCAAUUAUCGAAGCGAGUUUGGUCCAAAGCCAUUGCCGGAACUACCGCCUAGACAAGAUGCUAAGUUGAUGAGGUCGCUUCCAUUCGAAGGGGAAAGCAAUUAUCGAAGCGAAUUUGGUCCAAAGCCAUUGCCGGAAUUACCUCCAAGAGUUGAACAGAAGGUGCCCAAGUCGCUUCCCUUCGAAGGGGAGAGCAAUUAUCGAAGCGAGUUUGGACCUAAACCUCUACCCCCCUUGCCACCUAGGGUAGUGACAAAAUUGGUAAAGUCGCUUCCAUUUGAAGGGGAGAGCAAUUAUCGAAGUGAGUUUGGUCCAAAGCCACUGCCGGAAUUACCUCCUAGAGUUGAACAGAAGGCACCCAAGUCUCUUCCCUUCGAGGGGGAGAGCAAUUACCGAAGUGAGUUUGGUCCAAAGCCACUGCCGGAAUUACCUCCAAGAGUUGAACAGAAGGCACCAAAGUCGCUUCCCUUCGAAGGGGAGAGUAAUUACCGAAGCGAGUUUGGACCUAAACCUCUACCCCCCCUGCCACCUAGGGUAGUGACAAAAUUGGUAAAGUCGCUUCCAUUUGAAGGGGAAAGCAAUUAUCGAAGUGAGUUUGGUCCAAAGCCACUGCCGGAAUUACCUCCAAGAGUUGAACAGAAGGCACCCAAGUCUCUUCCCUUCGAAGGGGAGAGCAAUUACCGAAGUGAGUUUGGUCCAAAGCCAUUGCCGGAAUUACCGCCUAGGCAGGAAACGAAGUUAACAAGGUCAUUACCCUUUGAAGGGGAAAGUAGCUACAGAAGUGAAUACGUACGGAAGGCUAUUCCUAUCUGCCCAGUUAAUCUGUUGCCGAAAUAUCCAGCCCCGACCUAUCCGUCUGAGCAUGUGUUUUGGGACUCCACGUGCAAAAGGUGGUAUUAG